AAAAUUAUUUGGGCUAUGGCUCCGCCAUGGCCAGCGGUUGCUGGCGGUGGAAAAAUGGCUACAGAUCAGCGAAGCUGAGCCUGUUGAGGGAUGAAGGUCAACAUGGAUGUCAAAGGUAGCGGGGAACAUGGGGCAAGGACAUCCAGAAGUUGCGCGGGACAAAAUGGUCUUGUGGCAAGGACUGAUGUACAGUUGAUGUAUAUUUGCGGGGAUGAAGGCCAACAUGGAUGUCGAUGUUCCCUAGCGUGUUCUGUGUUUGGUUCCGUCACUGAGGUGAUCAUUAUGCUGUCCUACGAAAGCACUAGUCUCUUGCUGACGCUUCUUUGGCUCAUCAAUGCAGCUGGCUAUAAGACGCUGGAGCUGACAAAGAUGCAGCAACAACAACAUAUGGGGCAACGGCUUUGAUGAGUGCAGCCGAGGAAGGAGUGCCGGCGGCAUGCCCAACAACCUCCGCGACCUCCGCUACCGACCACCGAAGGUGGGCGCCCACGAGCCCACCGAGGCCACGAAGCUCGCGAAGGAUCCC